AUGGCCCCUGCGUUGGGUAACAAAUGGGUCUUCCCGCAGCUGCGAUCAAUGAUCGUCCAGUCGUCCACACGAAAGCAGGACGAGUCGGAGAAGGAGAACACUGACACGGAAGCUGCAUCGGUGUUUUGCACGCCAAGUCGCACAGAGUCCAACGUGCCAUGGCGGGUCGAGCUCCAGCUGCGACGGACCACGUGCGUCUUUGUGGAACACUUGGCCCAGUUGUUAGGAAUGCCCAACGCGCCGAGUGUGACGGCGCAAUUGUACAUCCAAAAGUUCUACAUGCUGCACUCGUUUGCGACGCACGAUCGCUUCGUAGUUGCAACGGCGGCGCUGUUUCUAGCCGGGAAGACCGAGGAGUUUCCAGUCAAGGUCCGCUACGUCACCGAGUGCUCCAUGUAUUUGCUGCUGUGUCCAGGUCAGGCUCUGGAGAAGAUGCAGGCCAAUCGGGCCACGUACAAGUUCAAGAAAGGGACUACGGCCGCGAGUGCCCGACGCACGCCGCCGCCUCCUGCUUCCAUGCUGCCUUACAACAAGAAACAAAAGCGCGACUCAAAGAACAAAUCAGGUGCGGUCGUUAGCUCGACUUUUGUCAAUGACAAGGAUACCGCGAACGCAAACCACUUGGAGUGGCUGCAGGCUCUGUUGGAGGUUGUGGAAGUCGGUGAAAUCGAAGCAAACGCAAGUAAAGUCCUACUGCUUGAACGGAUCUUGUUGCUGACGCUGUCGUUUGAAAUCGGGGCGCCGCAGCCAUUUGCGUACAUUGCUCCGCAUAUGGAAAAGGUGUUUGACCUUGACGCGAUGCAUCCGGAUAUCUCAUACGAGAAUGUGCGCCAAAUUGCGUUUUUGCUGGUCGCGGACGCAGUCAAAAGUGGAUUGUGUCUUGCGUUUGACUGCUCCUCACUUGCUGCUGGUGCGGUGUAUGUAGCUUGUUUGUAUCACCGCCAGGUAGGGCCGAAUGUGGCUACAGAGACGAAUGAUCCGUGGUGGACUACGCUAAAUCUUCUUGAACAAGAGCUGGAAGAUGUUGCGCGAUGCUACUUGUGGAUGUACGAAGAUGAGAACGGCGAGAGAGCACGAGGGAUCGGGCCUGGCUUUCUCGAUCUAUGGAAACGAUAUCGGCCGAAAGAUAAUUUACCUGACCUUGAGUAUAUCAAGGCGCUGGAUGCAGGCUUACAGACACCGUGA